GGCCGGGGCUCGGCGGUGGCUUCGGGGCUCGGUGGCCGAGAGCGCGGCAGCAAGCGGCCGGCUUCCUUUCUGACUAAGAAUGAAUGCUCACCAGAGCAGUGAUGGCGACUGGUCAUUGCAGCCAGAGAUCAGCUGCCUAGGAGAUGAGGCCUUAGCUGCCACUCAAGAGAAGGAAGGCAGCAGCUUGGUGUCCUCUGGUCUGCAUAGUCUCACUUAUCCCCUAGCUGCCGGGAGCAAAGACCUUGCCCUUGACUAUGCGUCUCAGCCAGCAAGCCUUCCUCAUCCUCACAUAAUGCCACUUCCUGAAGACAGCAAGGGCUCAUGCUUCCAGAGUGGGAGCAAGCGGAGCCACGAGCCCUUCGUUGUUCCAGACAGAUUUGGAAACGGCGGCUUAGGUUUUGGAGGUAGCUCACACUCUCAAGCCCCAGAGAAAGUGACACUUCUUGUGGAUGGCACCCGUUUUGUGGUAAAUCCUCAGAUUUUCACUGCUCAUCCGGAUACCAUGUUGGGAAGGAUGUUUGGGCCAGGAAGAGAAUACAACUUCACAAGGCCCAAUGAAAAGGGGGAGUAUGAGAUCGCGGAGGGGAUCAGCGCCACCGUGUUCCGCACAGUCCUGGAUUAUUACAAAACUGGCAUCAUCAACUGUCCAGAUGGCAUCUCUAUCCCAGACCUCAGAGACACGUGCGACUAUCUCUGCAUCAACUUUGACUUCAACACUAUCCGAUGUCAGGACCUGAGUGCUCUACUGCACGAGCUAUCCAACGAUGGUGCCCACAAGCAGUUUGACCACUACCUCGAGGAACUGAUUCUGCCCAUCAUGGUGGGCUGUGCCAAGAAAGGCGAGCGAGAGUGUCACAUUGUCGUGCUGACAGACGAGGACUCCGUGGACUGGGAUGAAGACCACCCCCCACCCAUGGGGGAAGAGUAUUCCCAAAUUCUUUACAGCUCCAAGCUCUACAGAUUCUUCAAAUAUAUUGAGAAUCGAGAUGUUGCUAAAACUGUGUUAAAGGAACGAGGCCUGAAGAACAUUCGCAUUGGAAUUGAAGGUUACCCUACCUGUAAAGAGAAGAUUAAGAGGAGACCUGGCGGGCGGUCUGAAGUCAUCUACAAUUAUGUGCAGCGCCCUUUUAUCCAGAUGUCAUGGGAAAAGGAGGAAGGAAAGAGUCGCCAUGUGGAUUUCCAGUGUGUUCGCAGCAAAUCCCUCACUAAUUUGGUGGCUGCUGGAGAGGAUGUCUUAGAAGACCAGGAGAUAAUAAUGCAUCACCCACCACAAGUAGAUGAACUUGACCGCUUAAAUGCUCCACUCUCUCAGAUGGCUCCGAAUGACUUUCAAGAUUAGGGACAAACGUUGUUGGAGCUCUUCUCUCUGUUGGUACCCCUAACCAGGCCUCCCCGCCCUCCUGUGGUUUCUCACUGUUAGGAGAUGCUUCCUCUUGUGUCCUUCCCUUCUGAGUUGUUAUUUUGUCCUUUUCCGGAUCUGCCUCUGGCUGGGUGAAGAAGCUCUCCGGUAAUUAGGCGACUAGCUUUACCAGCCCUGGCAAACAAAGCUCUUGGGUCUGGUCUGGUGCUCUUGGUUGAAUCUUUGCGUUCGCCUCCCGGUGCAGGAGAGGAAGUGAGCUGUUGCCUCACAUUUGGCACAGUAGCCGACUCUUACACCAGGAGAGUGGUUUCACACCACACAGAUUGCUUUAUUAGCACAAGGACCAAAACGUCAGAGGAGACAGUCUGUGCUGGGGUCGGGUGUGCCCACCUGAGGAGGUGCCGUGGCGCGUGAAAGGAAUUCCCAGGAGCCCCACCCAGCUCUGCUUUUUACUAACAUAGGAGCAAACCGGCCCCCAAGACAGGCAGCCUGAUGUUUCAUUUGGAAAUGAUACUUGCAAGUGAGGUGGCAGAAUGGCUCCAGAUUGGGCCAGCUGGACCCUCCUCUGGUGGGAAGCCGCAGUGCCUGUCCCCAGGGACAGCUCAUUGCUGUGUAUGUGGUAGGAGACUGAUACCUUGAAGGUUUGCUUGGUGCCCUCCAUCGAGCUCCAGGGAGAAGGCAUCUGUGGUGAUGGGCAGAUGCUGCCCCAGUCCUCACACCAGUAUGCUCACUGUUUGGUAUUGUUUAAACAGGCCAUUAGCUACUGGGACAUGGUAAGAAAGUAAUACUGUGGUUAUCCCCCAAAUCAAGUCCAGGCCUGUUAUUUUGUUCAUCUGUUCAUCUUCCAUCAUUCCCUAGCGCCUUCCUCUGACAUUUCCAUGGCUGUUUGCAGAGUCAAGGCCAGACAGCAAUGUCUGGAUUAUCUUACUUCCUGGUAGAAGUUGACUUUUGAGUCCGUCCUCCAUCCUGGGCGGUGUGUAAGCUGUUUCCCUUCAAGCUCCUUAGAGAACACGUUGGGUUUCUUGAAGGCUGCUCCCAUAAGACCCUGUUUAGCAUAACUAUUUGAUGGCAAUAAAAUCAGGUUUCAGAAGCCCUCUCUCCAGUAUUGAAGAACAAGUGUGUUCUUAAAACAGUGUUUUCUGUGCUUGUGGCAGCACAAUGGGAAUUGGUGCAAGAUCUUCCUUACUCAGAAAAGAACUGAAGGGUAACUGAGCAGCUCCAGCUUGCAUGGUGACUAUGGGUGUGUCAGUGAGGCAGCACCCAGGAUAUGGGCUGAGGUGGUCUGUAUCCAGAGGUUAGUUAGGUCUGUGAAGUGGCUUGGCUUGUGUUUGAGGCCAGAUCUGGCUUUGACUUUGUUGGUGCUACAUGGUUGCCACCUGCAGCUGUCCAGCCCAGGGUCAGUGGUGCUUCCUGUUUCUCCAUAGCCACAGGAAUGACUCCGUAUCUGUCGUGUGUAAUGCUCAGGUGUGAGCAGUCCUUUCUUUGACCUUGGGAGUUGGUUCCCUGGCUCUGGCCUUUUAUGAGCCAGGUCUUCACCCCAACGCUCCAGCAGCCAUGGAGUUUGACUAGACGGCAAUCUAAGGGCCGCUCCAGUGACACUGGGUGGUAGCAACUAAAGGAAAGGCUGCAUGUGGACAUAGGCUUCUUGUGGGGAGGGAAGCUUUUUGUUCCUCAGCUCCACCCUUACCUACAUUUCAGUGUCAUUUGGUGUCUUGCCUACUGUUCUCAGGGUUGGGACACUUUUUCCUUUAGUUUUUGGGUUUUUUUUUUGUUGUUGUUGUUGUUUUGUGCUUUGUUUUUGGUGUGGGGGAGGAAUAAGAUGGGGUUACAAAACAAGGUUUUUCUGGGUAGCCCCGGCUGUCCUGGAACUCACUUUGUAGACCAGGCUGCCCUCAAGAGAUCCACCUGCCUCUGCCUCCAGUGCUAGGAUUAAAGGUGUUCCCUGCCGCUGCCUGGUCCUAAUACUUCAGUGGUGGGUCCUUGCAGAAUCAAGGGCUGGGUUGUAGUCAUCUUGGAGUUGAUUACUGGCUAUGUGAGAGAGGGGACUUUUCUCAUAAAAAGAUGGAUUUUGGGCUCAGUGUCUUUUGUAAGUGCCUGAAUAAGUAAGCUGGGCUAUGUGCAUAGACAGUCUCAUGAGAAAGGUGACUUUACACCUCAGAGUCUCUGAGUAUCUUACAAGAUAAAGCUGACCCUGAGUCUUGCCUCAGCUACCCUUGCCGCAGCUUGUGUAGUUGACUAGGAACACCUGCAGACACAGUAUCAGAACGAAACAAAUGGAGGGAUGGCUGAAUUGGAGGAAAAUGGGGACUGGGUACAACAGCCAAAGCUAUUUUAACCAGCGUCUCAGGAGAUACUGUGUGGAUGUCAAGUCUCAUGUGUACAGGCCGGAGAGUGCUCUGCAGGAAAUCCGGGAAGGGGUGUUUUCUCGAGGGUGUGUGUUAGGGAAAAUAAAUGUUCAGAGCACAGACUUCAACUCAAGCGGGAAGUUUUAGUGGUGGCCAUCAGCAGCUCCUGAGCUGGAUGACAUUGCUGCCUUCCCAGGAGGCAGGGCCACUCUGUGUCUGAUAGAAUCAUUCUGGAGAAUCAGGUUUUCUCCUAAGGGCAAAAUGUGUGUGGAUGUUGCCUCUUACACUGUAUUUACUUUUGAAGUUGCACUUGUUCACCUACCAGUGUUUACGGAAUCCUGUGUAUGGGAUGCUUUUUUCUAUAUUAAAGUAUUUUUAUUUGUG